GAGACCCAUGGAGUCGGCAGUGGCGACAGCGGAGAGUUCCCCCAUUGUUACAGAACACAAGAAACCUAUUCAGUCUGCAGUAGAGACAGUGGCGCGACCUUCUACCGUUUCAGAAAGCAAGGAACCCACACCAUCAGCCGUGGAGGACAAUGAUGUCACCAUAGUUUCAAAAAGCAAGAAAACUACACCUUUUGCAGUGGAGACGGCAGACAAUGAUGAUGUCACUAUCAUUUCAGAAAGCAAGAAAACUACACCUGCAGUGGAGACGGCAGACAAUGAUGUCACUAUCAUUUCAGAAAGCAAGAAAACUACACCUUCUGCAGUGGAGACGGCAGACAAUGAUGAUGUCACUAUCAUUUCAGAAAGCAAGAAACCCACGACAGCACAGCUGGCAGUGGAGACCGUGGAGAAUGCUUCUAUCAUUUCAGAAAGCUCGUCACACGAAGGCCAUCGCCUGUGGAUCGGGAACAUCGAUCCUAAAAUCACAGAGUGAGUGAAUCCCCUUGGUCCAUGAAGCUCGAGGUAGAAUUUGCCCCUAACCACAGAUCUAGGAUCAGAUCACCCUACUCUCAAAUCCUUUCCUUAACCAUCAGGUAGAUUAACAUGUAUUUAACCCUGAACCAGUGGUAAGGUAGCCUCGUACAACCAGCCUGAUCUCGCCAGCUUGCUACACAGAUACGAAUCAUUUAUGUAAGCUUGCAAGAUCAUGCUGGUUGUACGAGGCUAGUUGUCAGGGGCAACUUUUACCCUCUCUGACUCUGGGAGGUGGGGCGCUCGCUCCUCCCUGCCUGGGAGGCAAUGCAGCAGCAGCCCAGUGGAGCGACCGCCGUGACUGGCCUGUAUGAUUGAUUAGCCGUGUGUCUGUGAGGGCUAGAGAAUGAGCAGACGACGUUGGGCGUGUGAAAGAGAGGCACUCGGGCAUGGCGACCUGUUCUGCUGAAGGGCUGCCAUCAUUUCUCACUCACCUGGUGUGUUUACUCUGUCAACCUGUAGCUUGCUGGCUGCUCUUUUUUGCUUCAGAAGAAGGAGUGGGGUGGGGGGCAGCACAGGUUGGGAUUGGCUGGUGGGCUCCUGGAAAAUGUACAGCUUGCUGGGGCUGGUGUCUAGACAGCCGUUUCCUUCUCCUCUACCCUCUGUUUUCCUUUAAAUAACCUGGAGUGCAUCCCAAAUUGCACCCUAUUCCCAUAGGGCUCUGGUCAAAAGUAGUGCACUAUAUAGGGUAUAAGGAAAACAACAAAAUAUGCCCACAGGCUGGUGAUUGGUAAGAUUAAUUAGUUCACAUGCUCCAAGUGUUUGUUGUAGCAAGACCUACUUCAGGGCCCUCCUCUCGGUAAAGUGACAGGCAGGCAGGCAGCACUGUAGAGUUCUGUUUUUGUUUUCUGAGUGAGGGUCAGUAUUCAGCUACAGGCACUUUGUUCUUUUUUUACAGCGAGCCAGGAGACCAAAUAAGUGGGUAAUUGAGUGCAGUAAUGGAGAUAUGAGGUAAAAAGCUGUGCUGUAAUUUCGUAGUUUUUCCGCUAAUGUGUAUUCUCUGUCAGAUAGAUUGAUUGUGGUGGUGAAGAGGAGAUGGGUCCUGAUUUUUAAAAAAAAUAAAAAAAAAAAUAAAUAAAAAAAAGUAUUGCACUAUAUAGGGAAUAGGGGGCCAUUUGGGACAAAGUCUUAGACUCACUGCUUGCUCCAGCAUCAGGAGCCAUUGAUCACUAAUUUCUCUAAGGAGAAGUCCAAACUGGAAGAUUCCCCCAGGGCAUCUGGCACUACAGUUGCACUCAGAAACCUGGCGCGAAACGUUGUACACUCUUAACACCACCACUUGGUUUCUGCAACUGCUACUUUCUCUCCUCUCUUUCCCUCUCUCUCAUCCCUCUCUCUAACUCUCUCUCUCUGUGUUUUCUCUCUCUCUCUCAGCCAAGAAUCCUUUAUUUUCUCUUGUUAUUUUCUAUGCUAAUUAAUCCACAGGUCUUCAAUGAUGUCAGACCCUCAGCACUGUCAUCAGUCAUGCGCUCAAGCCCUCCAGAUCUCUGAAAGGAUCCAGUCUCGGGACAAUGCUGAGCGAUUGCUCAAUUUCCCCUUUUUUCCUUCUCUUGGAGAAGCUAAGAGUGGUGGAGAACGUAAUCUGAAGUCUAACUUCACUGCUUUGCUUUAUCUUGGCCAGGUCGCAGUUGUAAAUGAGAACUUGUUCUCAACUGGCUUACCUGGUUUAAAUAAAGGUGAAAUAAAAUAAAAUAAACUUGUUGGAAAAUUCAUCAUUCCGAGGUCACAGUCUGUAUUCUGUCUGACCUUUGAAUGAGAGAGGCUGCAUUUCAUCUGGGUGUGCUUUUGCUACCUUCCCCCUGUCUCAGGAAGCUGCAUCACGAUAGCGUAUUUGUUUUUGGAGAGGCAUCUGAGCUCUUAUAGCAGCAGAUCUGAUAUCUUACGAAACAUGUUGUGCACCAGUCUCAGUCCCAGGCACAGGCUGUUUUAGACAAACACCAGCCUGACUGUGUUUCAGGAGUGUGUCUUUAGCGAAGGUGUCAGUCAGCAGGUGAGAGUGACAACACCCCAACCCGCCUGCUCGACCCGCAUGCCCAGGCAUGUCUCCCACAGACACACACCACACACGGCUAGGUCUGGCACAAUUACCGUAUAACUUUGUACCCGACAUAACCAUGGAAAAAAUAAAAAGUGGAAAAAAACAGCUGACUGAAUUGGCCGGGCAUUUGUGUGAUUGAGUCAGUUUCUGCUGCAACAUGGACUCUACAGUAACAUGGACUGAACAAUGUGAUAAAACUUUGUUGCUCCUUGCUGAAACAAGCAAGGUGUUGUAGCAAACACGUUUUUGGUUGCCUAGGCAACGCCCCCCCUCCCUGCAGCAGCACAUGCAGUCAGGAGCGGAGUAGAGGAGAAAAUGUGCAUCUUAAAAAGAUAUGUAUUAUUCUUUUUGUUGCAAUUCUAACGGUUAUUACGUCAUCCAAAAUUCCAUCACAGCCCUAUAACACGGCUCCACCCACCCCAUUCACACACACAUAGAGAGGGGCUGCUGCUCCACUCCUGAUAAGGCGCUGACAUGUUGACCUGUCUGUCCCUGCUCCACAGGGGCCCAUUCUAGGCCAGUGAUGGAUCCAGCAUGUGCAAUCUGAGCUGCAGGUUGUUUCUGUGCUGCGCCCUGGGAUGGUGGUACAGACGGGACAUGGGGCCAUGCCCACUUGGUGGAGGGAGAAGAGGAAAGAUGGAAAAGGAUAGAAGAAAAUAACUCACUGCCCUCUAGGAGAACUCACUGCCCUCUUUAGAAGAACUCACUGCCCUCUUUAACUUACCCUUUCCCAGGAAAGACCUGCUUGGGAAGACUGCCUCCUUUACCUCAUGUUCAUGUGAGAUCAUAGACCAUAAAACCUCUGGGUCAUGUCAGAUGUUGGACCAGUCAAACGGUUGUCUCUUUCUCUUGGUCUCUUUCUUUCUCUGGUGCCCAAUUUGAGAGUGGUCGCCAUAUUCAGGGCACAUUCAGUUCCUCCCUGACUCAGUCCUCAAAUAGAUGAUCUUAGAUCGGAGGAACUGUAGGUGCUGGGCCACUUCACUGCAUGGUUAUUUAACAGAUGUCCAGCUUGGCUCGGGUUCAUGCUUUCACAGAAUAACCCCCUCAAGCAAGGAGAUCACUCCUCCCCUCACCAGACCUUAGCUCCCCUCCACCCCUCCUCCACCUCCCGCUGGCCGGCACGUUUUACAGCCCCCAGGAGAAGUUCAUUGUGGUCUGUUAAAGGCCAGAAGUGGUCCCGUCCCCUCCUGUGGUCCUUCCUGGUGUAUCAGCCCACUAUCAAUUCCUCAAUCUGUACCAGCAGCAGGUCGCAGGAAGACAUUCCAUUCCAGCCUGCAGAGGGUGGAGUCUGGGAAAGUGAGAAAUUCUGCUUGUAGAGAAAUCUCCUGGGAGGCCAAGGAAAGACAUUAAUACAUCCAGUCCAUGAAUGUAUCCCAAAUGGCACCCUAUUCCCUAUGUAGUCCACUUAUUUUGACAAGGCCCCAUAGGGCUAUGGUCAAAAGUAGUGCAUUAUAUAGGGAAUAGGGUGACAUUUGAAAGUAGUGCACUAUAUAGGGAAUAGGGUGACAUUUGGGAUGCAACCCUGGAUCCCUAGUACUCCCCAAGCUCCUGCUCCUAGGCUACAUACCUUUCCACGAUUUAAAAAUAACUUUGCUGGACAAAAGUAUAAAAGCAACAAGCAUCUCUGUUAGGCUACUUGUACACAACACAAUUCCCAGGCAGUCACUCCGGGGGGGGGAAAAAUAAAGGCUUACCUAUGUUUUUUUAAAUUACGUAACAUAGGCUAUCAAGGGACAUUCACAUUGUAAUUGUUGUACAUUAUGAAAUAAUGUAGAUAUUUCUUUAAACUAAGUGAUUAGUCUUCAAUAGGAAACAUGUGUUGUAUCCGACCUAAGCUUGAGAUCAAUAAAAACAGUUUAGACUUGGACCUAGGCUAUUGCCAGAAUUGAGGCUCUAUUGCAUUGUGUGGAAUUCAACAUCAGCCAAUGUAGCUGUAUGUCAUGCUUUCAACAUACCUGUGAUGACUAUGACACAACCACUACCCGUUUUAUAAUUCCAUAAGAGAUGAUGAAUAUAGCCCAAAAUGAUGACUAGGUAGCCUUUCUAUUCAUCUGGUCAUGCCCAGUCUACGCUGUUGAUGUUUUUCUGAUGACGCCCUGAAUUGGUAGCGUGCAGCAUAGACUUAUGGCGUGCAUGGACAGUCACAUUUGGCUCGGACAACCGAGAGAAUGCACUCUACUACGCACAGACUGCAUGCUAGGCUGCCCAUCAAUACAGACCGUCGACAUUGACAUAUGAAAUUGGCUGCUUCUUGUUCAGACAGCUCCCCCCAUUACAGCUUGGACUAAAUAUAUCUCCUUGACGGUUUUCCCAACUUCUGUCUCUGUUAUACGUGUGCGAGAACUCUCGUAAUCACUUCUACUUGAACUUCACAGUGUGUAGACUGGGUGUAGGCCUAAAUCAUCCCAAAAUGUUGAGUCUCUUGUGUCUGGAGGUAUAACCUCUGAAGUUCCCUGUGAAUCACUGGUACAGCUGUUAGCCAUGUUUAUGACUAAUUCAUCUAUUGAGUCGUACAAGGCCGGGCCAGUACAGUAUUUACUGCUGUACGGGACUCUUCAUAGUUGAACACUUGUUUACAGGGCAAUGAGGCUAUAGCCGAGACCACCUCAGAGUCAGACGGUCAAGCAAUGAAUAUUAUUUAUGGAUCCUGGAUGUUAGUGACAACGAAUCCCACUGCUAAGAACCUCUGAAUGGAAGGUGGCCAUGUUGAAUUUGGCACGCCUGUUAUAGGCUAACAGGCCAAGGCAGUUAAAGCUUCACGGCAGCUAGCCGCACGCAGCCCUGUACAGUAGUGAAUGUUUUUCUUCAAUUCAGGCUUCCUCUUUUUUAUUCUCUCAUUGUCCUGCCGCUGUAUCCUCUCUAUUGUGUGGAUAAAAGAUUUACUGUGGCUAAAAAGGUGUAAGUGACCGGUCAUUCUAAUCAGGGGCAGGUGACAGGGAAGGCAAAUAUAGUCAUGAUGUUUUAUGAAUAUGUUGCACUGUCUGUGACAAUGGAAUGUUAGCCAAUUAUGUUAUGAAUAAUGUUCUUAGUUGAUAGUAGAAGGCUGAUGUUGAAAGGCCUGCCUGUAUUGAGAAAGACAUUUUAGUAAUUAUUUGUUUCAACCUGUUCUACUGGAAUUCUAUCUUUAUAUAAAUCAAAUGUGUUUGGAGAUUACUCAUGACCACAAUGUUAUUUUAAAGUAAUAUGUUACUUACUUUAUCCAAGCACAUCAAAUACAUUGAUUUACUUUGUCACAGCAAAUCAAAAGCGCUAGAGUGAAUCUCAGUAUAAUGUCUGUGUGUGUAUUUCCUCUGCAGGUAUCACCUGGUAAAGCUUCUGGAGAAGUUUGGGAAGGUGAAACAGUUUGAUUUCCUGUUUCACAAGUCUGGACCAUUGGAGGGCCAGCCCCGAGGAUACUGCUUUAUUAACUUCCACACCAAAGAGGUACAACACCACACCAACCAUUUCACACCUUUCAAUUCCAAGAAAAGAUAGUCUCUACUUCAUAUAAAUGUACAUUGCAUUUUAGUCAUUUAGCAGACUUAUUCAGAGCGACUUAAUAGUGUGUUCAUCUGAAGACAGCUAGGUGAGACAACCACAUAUCACAGUCAUAGUAAGUACAUUUUUCCUAAAUUAAGUAGUUAUCAGCAAAGUCAGUGCUAGUAGAAAAAGGUAAGUGCAUUAUAUAAAUGAAAAGUUAGGGCUAGUCAAAAGCUAUACACAGCAUAGACAAAAGGUAUAGUAUAGCCAACUGUUUCCCAUCUCUCCCCAUGAAGAUAUUGUCUCAAACUUCAUAGGGCUCUUCAGGGAUCCACCAAAGCUAAGAUAAAGAUCUCUUAUUCACUGUGAGUGUCUCAAGUGUGAUGGGAGGCAGUCCCCUGGGUGUUAUUCACAGGAAGUGUGUGUUUAUUAGCCUCAUACACACACGAACACACACACACACACGCACCACUAGAGCCCCAUGGACUGGGUGAGCCAUCCAUCAUCAGUCAUAACUGUCUCUGUUAUCACUUUAUGAUAAAGAAUAAUGAUUUGUAUAAGAGGUCUUGGAUAAGUGUCUGCUAAAUGACUACAAUGUAAUGAUACUGGCCUAGUUUUUGUUGGUGAAAUUAUUGUUUUUUAUGAGGAUCAAACCCAUUUCUCCAAUCUCCAGGAGGCUGAGAGGGCGAUCCAUUGUCUGAAUGGGAAGCUGGCCCUGUCCAAGAAGCUGGUGGUGCGCUGGGCACACGCACAGGUAAAGGUAAAUGUCACCCGGUUCAACCUCUCGCCUUUACUUUACACAGACACACACACAGCAUGGCCUGUGAUUCAUUGUGUGUCCCUCUCUUAGGGCAAAAAGUCUAGCCUAAUACAUGUUAUGAAGUUAACCUAACUGUCAUGCAUGCAGCAGUGUGUUUGCCUGUGGUGUGUGAGUGUUAUUGGGUACAACAUAAUGGCAGCAUGGUGUACAGACCACAAAUGGUAAUGGUACGAGUGUAGAACAGUAGCAGACGUGUAGGACCGGAGAGGGCCGUGCUCCAGUCACUCCCUCUAGGCAGGGGGAGAUCUCUUGGACUCCAGCAACCCUGGUCUGUCCCUAACAAUAGGUAGCUGCUGUAUGGACUAAGGAAAUCCUGUAUGGGGCCGAAUCACGCCCCUCCUGUGCACCCCCUGUCCCCCACUCUCCCCUGAGGGGAAAGAGACACCAGGAUCAGGUCAAGGUUAACAGUGUAGCCCUCCUUUGACAACAACAAGCAGCGGACAACUGGUUCCAGACCCCCCCCCCCCCCCCCCCCCCCCCCCCACUCCCUCUCAGGGUUCAUGGCAUGGCCCCACACAUUUUAUUUGUCACAUGCUUCGUAAACCCACAGGUGUAGACUAACCGUGAAAUGCUUACCUACGGGCCCUUCCCAACAAUGCAGAAAGAAACAAAUAGAAAAAUAAUAACAAGGAAAUUCACAAUGAGUAACGAUAACAUGGAUAUAUACACAGGGUACCAGCACCGAGUCAAUGUGCAGGGGUACGAGGUAAUUGCGGUAGAUAUGUACAUAUAGGGAUAAAGUGACUAGGCAACAUGAUAGACAAUAAACAGUAACAGCAGCGCAUGUGAUUAAUCAAAAGAGUUAGUGCAGAAAGGGUCAAUACAGAGAGUCUGGGUCAUUGGUUAACUAUUUAACUAACUAUUUAGCAGUCUUAUGGCUUGGGGGUUGAAGCUGUUUAGGGUCCUGUUUGUUCCAGACUUGGUGCAUCAGUACAGCUUGCCGUGCGGUAGCAGAGAGAACAGUUUAUGUUUUGGGUGGCUGGGAGUCUUUGGUGAUUUUUAGGGUCUUCCACUGCCUGGUAUAGAGGUCCUGGAUGGCAGGGAGCUCGGCCCCAGUGACGUACUGGGCCGUACACACGUGUGUGCAUCUAGUCUAUUUCCACAUCCCAUGUCUGUCUCACUGAGCCAUUCUGUAUCGAGUGACAUUAAUGCCAAUAGAAUUCAAUCAUUUUGAUUACAUUUUUAAUGAUGCUCAAGUAAUGGUCAAGUCAUUCAAGGAUUCGUGCUAUUGCUUUGCAUGCAAUUGCUUUUUCCUUGUAAAUGCCAUGUUGUUCUAUAUAAUGUAAAGUCCCCUUGGCUUGACCAAGGGGAUGGACGGGCCAACUCUGGAGAUCUUCAGCUUUGUUUUCGGACAUGCAUCAACCACUGGAUGGAUGUUUUUUUCCAGAAGAGUUGGUCGCUUCUGAGCCUGACCUUUGAACCUGUGUACUUAAAGAUAAUGGAGGGAAGAGGCACUGAUCUAAGAAGAGAAAUAUGAUACAGAUCAUGCAUGCAGAAAAUAGACCCGUGGUGCUUGCCUAUCCGGAACGUAUAGGAUACAUUCUUAUAGAAAGCCUUGCAAAAUGGAGGGAAGGGAGUAUUUGAGGGUCAUUGUUUGACGCCUAAUCUUGGCCAUAAAUGUAUGACCUCAGCAUCUAUUAUGACUAGUGGGUUAAGUACUCUGGCGUGAGAAACAAGGGCCUGUUUGUUUACUUUCAAUGUAAUACUUAUUUCCAUGUUAUGUUGAGGAAUAGUCAUUUUCAUGACUGAUGUGUGGUUGUCUCACCUAGCUAUCUUAAAGGGAUACUUUGGGAUUUUGGCAAUGAAGCCCUUUAUCUACUUCCAGUCAGAUGAACUCAUGGAUACCGUUUUUAUCUCUGCAUCCAGUAUAAAGGGAGUUGGGAGUUUUGUGAGCCAAUGCUAACCAGCGUUAGCGCAAUGACUGGCAGUCUAUGGUAUCUACUAGCAUGCUGGCAGUUACCAUAGACUUCCAGUCAUUGCUCUAACGCUAAUUAGCAAUUGCGCUAACGCUAGUUAGCAACUUCCUUCAAACUGCACGCAGAGACAUAAAAAUGCCACGUGUUCAUCUGACUCUGGGGAAGUAGAUAAAGGGCUUAAUUGCCAAAAUCCUGAAGUAUCCCUUUAAGAUGGAUGCACCAACUGUAAGUCGCUCAGGAUAAGAGUGUCUGCUAAAUGACUAAUGUAAAAAAUGUCAUUCAUCCAUUCAUUCAUAUUGGUUCAGAAAGCAACUCUAUGCUUUUUGAAACCAUGGUGAUCAUGACAGUUAUUUAAAAUGCAUCCUAUUGAUCCUAACUGAUUACUAGACCUGGUAAGUCUGAUAUGAGUCAUUUCUGUUAUAUUAAUGUUUUUUCGUUCUUCUUCUCUCUACAGGUUCACAUUGCAUCACUCACGUUGGGGAAGUUGUGAGGGGCGGUUUUGAGAGGAAUGAAUGCACAGUUAUAUUGCUGUGCCGUUCACCUUCCCCACAAUGCCUCAGAAAAGGGCAUCACAAUGCCAGUGAGGGGAUUUGACCAAAAGCAGCAGCAGCAGACAAACGGAGUGACAUGGUCCCUCCUUGGUUCAUGGUGCAACCGUAAGCUAAACGGGCUCCGCUCUGGUUACCUGGUCCAACCAUGGUGCGACCGUAGGCAACCAACCGUAAGCUAAACGGGCUCCGCUCUGGUUACCUGGUCCAACCAUGGUGCGACCGUAGGCAACCAACCGUAAGCUAAACGGGCUCCGCUCUGGUUACCUGGUCCAACCAUGGUGCGACCGUAGGCAACCAACCGUAAGCUAGCUGGCCUCAAAGCUCUGCUCCGUCUGUGGUUACCAGCUCUGCUCAGCAGCCAGCCAUGUGGGAGGAAGUUGCAGUUCAUUCUCUAGAAACUCUCCUCAUACCUCAUGUCCUAUGGUACUUUACUUACAUGUCUCACAGAUGUUCUUCUCCUUGCUUUUGUUUUUGUAUCUGUUUGUCUCUAUCUCUCUCUGUCUCUCUCUCUCUCUCUCUCUCUCUGUCUCUAUUUGUCUCUCUCUCUCUGUCUCUAUUUGUCUCUCUCUCUCUCUCUCCCCGUCUCUAUUUCUCUCUCUUUCUCUCUCUGUCUCUCUCUCUCUCUGUCUCUCUCUCUCUCUGUCUCUCUCUCUCUCUAUUUGUGUCUCUCUCUCUGUCUCUCUCUCUCUGUCUCUAUUUGUCUCUCUCUCUCUCUAUCUCUUUCAGAGGUUUGAGGGUUUCCGAGGGGAUAAGAAUGGUCCUGCCAGCCUGGAGCCGUCCUGCAGCGCAGAACUAGACUUACCAACCAAUCUCAGGUCGGUCCAAUCUGUCUCUCUGACUCCCCCUUCAUACAUCACUCUCCCUCCCUCCUUACCUACACUAUACAUGUUUUAGAAGCCUAUGAAUUACAGUAUGACAUACCAGAUUAGGGUGCAUAUUAGACUCAUGAACUCAUGAUCAACAUCUAAAAGUCUAAUUUAAAUGUACUUAAAGCUGGAAUCCUUAAUGGUGAAACUGCCACGUCCAUUUGCGAUAUUACAACAACAAAGAAGUUACUGCAAACUACGGACACUGUUUUUUCCAUCGGACAUCAUUGCACGGGCGAUAGAACAGCAGAAUAUUUACUGCAAUGUAUUUUACAAUGUUACGCAACGCUCCUCGUCGAACAAAACAAAAACCCCUACUGCGGAUUCCAUCUUUGUCAAAUUUUGUAUAAGUAUUAUUUUCAUUUCUUGUACCUUUGAAAGUUUCAGAGUUUAUUCACCAAGUGCUCAGGGUGUAAAACAGUACAGUGAAAUUCUUACCGAGAGCUCUUUCCCAAGAAUGCAGUGAUAGUAAUCAUAAUAUACUCUUUCUUAUCUUUACUUAUCUAAUUGUUGGGCCUUUCAAUGGAAAACGUAUUCCUUUAUCAUAAUGUUCCCGGCAAAUAUUUUACCCAUGAGUAAGCUCUGGCCACCUUGGAAAGAUUUGAUAGUAAAAACUGAUAAAAUACUAUAAUGGUGGAUUACUCAGAUUCUCUAGUAUAGUAGAUUUAUUUUAUUCAGAUACUUUGCUGAGGCAGCCUUAUUACCCUAUAACUGAUCAUCUGCCGGUCCUCUCAGCCAAGCUGCAGUCAUUUUAGUUUUGUUUUCAGCAGGUGUGGCUGAAAUAGCCAAAUUCACUAAUUUGAAGUGGUGUCCACAUACUUUUGUAUAUAUAGUGUAGAUAAUAAUAGAAAAUAGAAUACAAAAAAUCAAAGUAAGAAUAAAAACCACACGAACUACGAUGAGCGUUAAAGAAACACGAGAAUGCAAGUAUAUUCAGGUCAGUGUCAGUACCGUAUUCAAUGUGCAGGGGUACUGGAGUGUUUAUAAAUAAGUGGAAAGGAGAAGUUAUAAAAACAAAUGGCCUCUUGAGCUCAAAUUCAACACUUUUAGUUUUAUUGCUGAAACAACCAUGUCUAAGAUGGACUUUAAAAGAGAAGUUUUCUAUUGAACAACAAAAUCUCAAUUGUUGAUGUAAAUGGCACGUUAUAGAAGGUUCCAGACACUUGUUUUUUGUGAUUUCACUUAUUUUUUAGAAAUGUACCCCAACCAGCGAUUCUCUUCCUCAUCCUUGUUGUGCAGUACGGGGGCUCUGAAAAACAUGAACAAAUGCUCCAAAAACACCCAAAUACAUCAUUUUAGAAACGCUCUCAGUAUAGUGAUGCAGGUCUUUAGAUGUUGUACACAUGAAAUUGUAAUUCCAAACUUUAUCCGCAACAUUAAAUUCCAUUUUGUGCGACUCCAGCCGUUUCCCCUAUCCACCUGUUCAAUUCUCCGUGUAGCCUGCUGCUAGAAUGGACGGAGCGGUAUCUCUCGAGUCUCAACAAAAUGGAAUAUAACUUUGCGGAUAAAGUUCGGAAUGACACAAUUUCAUGUGUUCUACAUCUAAAGACCAUCACUAUACUGAGACAGGGUUCGCGCAAGGUGCUUGAGGUGCUUAAAGUACUUGAAUUUGGCACUCUGAAAUUCAAGUACUAGAAUACCAUAAAUCAGAAUUUUCUCAAGUUGGUACUUGAAAAGUACUUGAAGUAAAAUGAGAGGAGAACUGAAAAUGAUCAAAUAUGUUAAUAUGAAAAAUGUAUUGGUCUUGCAAAUUAAUUUCCAGGCAGACUACCGAGUUUUAUUUCCUCACUUGUUUCGCGCUCCCGUUGACAGGCAAGCUCGCUCAUUCCACACACACUGCCACUCAGCCAGGCAGGUACAGAACUGACUGAUUAGGCGCCGCCAAAUGUCACAUAGAUAGCUAAAAUGCCAGUCAAGUGUAGAUUAAAUCCUGCCUGGCAGGUUAUUGAUGUUUAUGAAUGGGUUUUGCCAGAGCCAACCAGGGAUGUAGUGGAGGGUAAACGCCAUUUACGCACGUUUUUAUUUUGUUAAUUAUUGUUUACGCACUUGUUAUUGCGUUCCCGGCAUUGAUCAACGCUCAGAAGGCUUCUUGAUCUGAGUUCUAAUCACAAAUUAUUCAUGUAGGCUCGUUAUGUUUGCCUACUCCCCCAGAUUUGCCUUGUUAGCAGCAUAUUCAUUCACCACUCUGUCCGAUGGGAAACUCGUCCGUGUCAACAGACAUCCCCCAAACAAAAACUCCCUGACUCUUGGAGAACGAGUGUACAACUGGUAAAUAGUCGCUGAUAUUUCAGUCAGAUGUCUAGCUAGCUGUGUAGCUCAAGGGCUCUGGCUGUUAAUCUGGUCGCUAGCAAUGGCUAGAAGGAUGAAGUUAGAAGCUAACGUUGGAUGGAGGCUGCAAUGAAGGACGCAAAGGAGAUACACAGAGAGAGGAAGCAUUGAAGCAAGCAGGGAGAGAGUUUAGUAUUACAGUGGUCGGGGACCCAUGUGGUGUUCCCUAAAAUGUAAAUAGGGUCCCCUGAGAGAAUAUUUAAUCUUAUCAAACACAUUAAUAACUUGUUUCUCUUCAAAUGGGUAUAGCAUACAACGUUUUAGAGUAAACUAGGGGCCUUUUACACUGUCAGAAUUCACUUUUAUAUCAAUGUGUUUUGGACAGCCUGUGGGACCUAACAUUUUGUGAAAUAUAAAGACAAUUUUAAAUAGAAAGACAAUUUAUAUUAACGCAACAGUUUCAAAGAGUUUACUGAGUUACAGUUCAUAUAAGGAAAUCAGUCAACAUCAUCAGUACUGACUUACCACUCAUGUAUGUAAUGAGUAAGUAGUGAAACAUGUAAUAUUGAGUAGAACUUGUAAGGAAGGUAGUGAUGAAUAGUAAGUUGUUUUUUCUUCAUCAGGUUGUGGCGAUAUACUUCCAUCUGGUGGCGACUAGAAACAAUUGCAUAAUAGGAACUAUUACAAAUUGAUGGUCCUUGAAAGUAAAUAUUAGUGCUUCAAAAAGUACUUGAAAGUCCUUGAGUUUAACUUGCCACUGUCUGUACGAACCCUGCUGAGAGCAUUUCAGUUUCUAAAAGGAUGUAUUUGGUAGGGGUAAGUUUCUCAAAAACAAGUGAAAUGUGCAAGAAAAAAGUGUCUGGACCCUUCUAUAACAUGCAAUUUACAUAAAAAAUGUAGAUUUGUUUCUAAAAAAAAAUGCACAAUUCUCCUUUAAAGGAGAGUCCUUAGGAAAGUGCAUUAAUUUAAUUUACCAUAAACUUCAAUAACACCAUCCAUAGACCAGUCAGUGUGGAGGAAGAGAUGAAAGAUGAAUACAGUUUCCUUUUUUCCUGCUGCACCCCCACCCCCAUUCUCUCUCUAGCUCUCUCUGCCACUCUCUCGCUCUCCCUCGUUUGCUUCCCCACUCACUCUCUCUAGCUCUCUUACAGUCACUCUUUCUCUCUCCUACCCACUCACUCUCUCUUCCUCUCCCUUACCAUACAAAGUACGAGUGCGAAGAUUCGUGCGAUCGAGGCCAAGCUUCAGAUGAUGGAGGAGAACCCAGAUGAGGAGUACCAGGGCCCCUCAGCCUAC